GUCAGUGUCAGAAAUGAUGCAGUAAGCAAUAUAUAGGAGCUGCCUUUGUUAGGGGAGAGAAUGAGAUAGCCAACAAACAGAACAUACACAUUCAUUUUUCAGAGAAUUUCCUUCUGCCACUUCGCUGUUUUCCAUGUGAAAAUCCAUUAAAAAAACAUGCUCUCACUUUCCCUGCAACUCUCUAUAAACUCAUAAUAAUCACCCAUUUCAUCAUAUUUCUGACAAUCAUAUUCAUUACUUGUGUCAGAUUUCAGAAGAAGAAACAAUUCAGAAAAUUCCUGAAACUUUUAACAGAAAAAAUUCCAUCUAUGAUUAUGUUUCUCAGAUGAAGUGAAACAUUCCCAUAAAAAAAUCAAAAAUGUCUCCAAAACUUGUAUAUGCAAUGUCUGAUGAAAAUGAAGAGUUGAAGAAGCAGAUUGGAUGCAUGAAUGGGCUGCUUCAGUUCUUUGAUCCUCAUCAUUUCAUCAACAAUCCAAGAGUUUCUCCAGGUGAAACCAAGCAGCAAGGAAGAGCAGUGAAUAGUUAUAACAAGAGAUCAAAGGAUAAACAUCCAAAUGCCAUAAAAGAGAUGCAGUUGAGCCCCAUUGAAUCAUCCAGAAUUUCCAUUUCGUCAUCUUCAGCCAUAUCAUCAUCAGAAUAUGAUUGGAACACCAACCUUCAAAACUCGCCAUUGGCUGAAACUGCCAGAGAAACAAGUUCACCAGCGAAAAACCAUAUCAGAGAAAGUGUCCCCACCUGUGCAUCACCAAUAUCAACUGCUUUAAGAUAUGAUCUGAUGCAUAUUGACUCCCCAAGACUUUCACAUACGUCCAGACCAGAUAGCCCGCGACUUGCUGCUCACAAUCAGUCAUUUCGUUCAAUUAGUUCCAACCACAGUGCGCCUGUCAUAACUCCAAGAAACAAGGAUCAUGCUCGUCUGUCUUAUGAUGGAAGGGAAACUAGGGACACUCACAUUUCCAGCUUGAAGCUUAAAGACCUCCCAAGGUUAUCAUUGGAUAGUAAACAACCAACCACAAAAGUAUCUGCCCAUGACUCAAAACACAAUUUACUCCUCAGAAACUUGAAGAGAGAGGAGCCAGCAAGUUACAGGGCACCGUCUAACAUUGUGGCAAAGUUGAUGGGGCUGGAAGCUCUGCCAGAUGAUACACCCUCCCGCAGGAGUCUGACACAGAAAGAUGAUUCCACCAUUUCCCAAACUUCUGAAUUUUUGUCAACAUCUUCAAGGACCAUCGACCAAAGUAAAGUAGACCGGGUUUUACACUCUCCGAGAAGUAAUGGCAAAGAAUCGCGGUCAAAUAAAGAUAAAUCAGGUAAAACAUCUUCCCCAUCUCAGGAAGCUCAAUCAGAACCAAAAAACCAUCCCCUCACUGUCUAUGGUGCAAUUGAGAAAAGAUUGGCUGAUCUUGAUUUCCAGAAGUCUGGCAAGGAUCUUAGAGCUCUAAAACAGAUACUUGAAGCAAUGCAUAAGGAGAAAAUCAAGUUAGAAAUCAGAAAGGAAAAUCCGUCUUCACAUUGUGCAUCUCAAACGAGCAACAUAAGCGCUUUCCAUAUCAGCCAAAAACAGGGUCCAAAAAUGGCUAAUCUGUCUACAACUAAGGGGUUCAGUUUCGUAAAAGACGUUACAUCAACUGAAAAUAUAAAGCCGACUAAACUUGUCAAAGGUUCAAGAGAAGUAACAACUCAAGUUGUGCAAAAUAUACCUAUUACGAACCUUCAGAGACUUAGGAUAGUUCAGCCUGUAGAUGGCCUUAAAGAUUCAGAACAGAAGAAAACAGCAAAAGAUCUCAAAGAAACUCAUCACAUCAGGAAAAAGUAUUCUGGAGAAAGAACGCCGAGACCAAUAAGAACUUCAAAAGAACCUCAACAUAUGACCAAGACAAAUGCGACGAGCUCAUCAAGGAUCCCAGACAACAGAAGUUCUCCUGCAACAUCAGGUUCCAGAGUAAAGCAAAGCCAGCAAGCUGUGGGCUUCCCCUCUCAGAAUCGAAAGCUACCCCGAAACUUAUCUCUUUUGCAGGAGAUCGAUAAACAAUCUAGUGAGUUCAGCAGUGAAUCAAUAUGCCAGAGCCAACAAGGAAACACCACUCUAUUGUCCCGAAAAAAUGAUAAUAUGGUCUCACAUAUUCACAGAUAUAUUGAAAAUGCUGAUGAAUUAUGCAUGAAAUAUGGAACCCAAGUCACUCACAACAAAAAUUCAGAAGGAUUUCGAGGUGAUAUGGCUUUGGAAGAACUAGCAACAACUGUGAGGGAGCAACCAAGCCCAGUUUCGGUUCUUGAUGCGAAUUUCUUCGAAGAUGAAACUCCAUCUCCAAUAAGAAAGAAACCGACAGCAUUCAGAGAUUUUGAGACCAAUACAACAUACAAUGAAGCAGAGUGGAUCGACACCGAUCUUAAUCAUUCUCCAGACAGGUUCAGACUAAAUUUUAACUAUGAGAGUGAUUAUCGGAAACUAGAAAACUUCAAAGAGUCAGCUCCAUCCUUAUGUAAGUUGAACUCUUAUCAGCAUGGAAAUUUAAGUAAAACCACACCUCUUAACGUGAAUGUGGAAAAAUCGUACGUGUCUGAAGUACUCUUAGCCUCGGGAUUCCUUGAUCAUCUUGACUACACAAUGGCCGAUCAUCUUGCCCUCCAGUCACAAGAAGCAAUCAACCCUAACUUAUUCUUUGAGCUGGAGCAAACCAUGAGAAGCAGUUUUGUUUCAGAUAAUACAUCCAACAGUAAAGCUGAGAAAAUGACAAGAACCACGGAAAGGCAUAGGAGAAGACUCUUGUUCGAUGCAGUCAAUGAAAUACUAUCUCAGAAACUCUCUCAGCCACCAAGCCCACUCUUGAAAAAGCCGACGGAACUCGCAACUGGUGGCCUGCAGCUCCUGCAAGAGAUAUAUAAAGAAAUAGAUCAGGUCCAACCUAUGAACUUGCCUCACAACUUAGAUGACGAGGAGGACUUUCUCACAACCAUCAUAGGGAAAGAUCUAACACAUAAAUCAGCAACUUGGACUGCCGCCAGCAUUGAGAUACCAGCCUUAGUAUUAGACAUUGAACGAUUGAUAUUUAAAGACUUGAUUGUCGAGCUUGUUCAAGACGGUGCUGCACAAGUACAAGCUCAUAAACACAGAAAGAAGUAACCUUUUCCUGUAUCUUUAUUAACAUAACUCUUUUGCUUUAGAAUUUCCACUCUUGUAUUCCUCUCUGUUCCCCUUUCUUUCCUUUUGUUUCUUCUUUUGCCUAUAACUUAAUUGUCUCGCAAUACAUGUUAACUAGCAGUAUAGAAUGUUGUAAUUUUGUAAAGCAAUAAACUAUUUUACUCUCAUACAACGUUGAUGCAUCACAGAGAACUGUUAUUAAGAGUUCUUCUAAACUGUUUUCCAGAUUAUGUAUAAGUGAUUAUGUACGA